AGCCCUAGGCGUUAAUCAAGAACAGAAUGGGGAAACAGAACAGUAAAUUGAGACCCGAAGUACUCCAGGACCUUCGAGAAAAUACCGAAUUCACAGACCACGAGCUCCAAGAGUGGUACAAAGGCUUCCUAAAAGAUUGCCCCACUGGCCAUUUGACUGUUGAAGAGUUCAAAAAGAUAUAUGCUAACUUCUUCCCCUAUGGUGAUGCCUCGAAAUUUGCAGAGCACGUGUUCCGUACUUUUGAUACCAAUGGAGAUGGGACGAUUGACUUCCGGGAAUUUAUAAUAGCGCUGAGUGUCACUUCACGGGGAAAGCUUGAACAGAAGCUGAAAUGGGCAUUUAGCAUGUAUGACCUUGAUGGCAAUGGCUAUAUCAGCCGUGCAGAAAUGCUUGAGAUAGUACAGGCCAUCUACAAAAUGGUGUCUUCAGUAAUGAAAAUGCCAGAGGAUGAAUCUACUCCAGAGAAACGAACAGACAAAAUCUUCAGACAGAUGGACACAAAUAAUGAUGGUAAACUAUCUCUUGAAGAGUUUAUUAAAGGUGCCAAGAGUGACCCCUCGAUCGUGCGGUUGUUACAGUGUGAUCCAAGCAGUGCGAGUCAGUUCUAAUUUAAACUCCUGAACAGUUUGCAGAGAAAAUUACUGGCUUGUUGUUCAAGCUUUGCUCGUAAAUGGAUGCCUUCUCAACCAUUCGUCAGUGGUUAGUGGAUGAGAUGCCACUGUCAGAUUGUCUGUGUUUCCAAGUGAAAGAGAACCUCUCGACAACAUUGAUGCAACUCUUGCUUCCCCCAAUUUCAGGUUUAUUUUUCAUAUCCCAUAUAAAGUUAGGAUUCACUCUCCACAUGUAAUUAUAAGGGUAUAUUUACAUACAGGUUAAAGAAGGGGUGAUCGCACAUCACUUGGUUAAUUAUGAAUGAAUGACUUUAUAGUAGCCCUUAAGAACAGAUGCUAUAUAUUACUUUUGUCCAACACAGCAAAUGACCGGCAAUUAAUUUGCUUCCCAGAAAAUGGCUGUGAAACGUGGACUAAAUUAAGUAGAUUUUUUUAAGCAUGAUACCAAUUUACUUUCUACAAGGAAGAUUGCUUGCACUUACAUAACGGUCUUUACAUUCUUUUUAAAUAUAUAUGUGUGUAUAUACAUAUAUAUAUAAACUAUAUAUAUAUAUAUAUAUAUGGUGAAGUAAAAUUUUAAUAUUUAGGUUAUAUUUAAUAUAUCAAGUAGAAGUCAUGCUUCAUCUAGUUGUCUGUGUUUAUUCAAAUCCUUUUUU